CACACACAAAUAGUUUAAAAAAUGUCUUCAGAAAAUUCAUCAUUUUUCUCCUGAAAUUACAAAUGAUAAAAUUAUUGUCGAGAAUCAAUCUUUAUCGGGAGCGAUAUUGAUGAUUAUGUUGAUAACCGAUUACGUUAAUGUUGUUAAUGAUCGUUUAUUCGGAAAAUUGUCACAUUAUCAGGCAAUAAUCAGGUAUAAUUGUUAUUAGAGAAUUUGAUCACGUACUACAUCAUUAUAGAAAAGUGGAACGCUACUCUCUCUUUCUCGACUCUUUCUCUCUCUCCCCCAGCUCUCUUUUUCGUAGAAAUGAAUUGACGCAACACGUUGGUCUUAAAUGUAUUAUCUUGCAACUGUAUCAAGAUAAAAUUCUUUAACAAAGAGCAAACAAACAACAGCAGUUACUAUAUUUGCAUCAAUGGAAUUGUGAUUUAAAACUUUCCUCAAUGGAUCCACUUAGCAUCGAGUUUAACUUGUUCGAGUAUUGCAUCAUAAGAUUGUGCUACAAUAAGACAGUAUUGACAUUGUCAGCAAAUAUAUUCUUCAUCUUUUAUAAACUCCGAAGUAUUACAUACAUAUAAUGCUACUCUUUAAAUUGCUAGUGCUCUCUUAAUUGCUAGUGCUAGAAAUUGCACGACUAUAUACCAGGUGUCGCGUUUCUCCAAGCAAGUUCGAGCUCGAGAAGUGGUCCAGCAGUUUUCUGGGUUACCAUCGGCUUACCAUUACACUGAGAAACGUUAGUUAUUGAUAUAUACCCUGUCUAGUAUUUUAAUUUUACCAGAGACGCGUAGCUUUCUAAUUUUACAAUUCAAACUUAGCAAACAAAUGUUCAAGUUUGGAUUUGCGGAAGAUGCAGCUGGCACUGCUGAAGGGGAUAGCGAACAGAAGCAGAAAUUAGAAUGGAUUUCCGCUACAAAACUCGAAAUAACGCCCGAACAAAUCGGAGCAAGGUAUCAGGCUGAUUAUUAUGCAGAAACUGAAGUGUUUCCUGGUUGCACUCUAAAGUUAAUUCGCUCUGAUAAAGUAACACAGGAUUUAUCAGAUCAAAAUUAUCAGAAUAUCAUUGAGGCCGAGUCGAAACAUUCCGAUCUCAUUCCAGCGAAAUACGAAGGCGGGUUAAAAAUCUGGGAAUGCACGUUCGAUUUGGGUCAGUAUAUACUGGAGAAGGAGAUCGAGUUAAAAGACAAACUCGUCAUGGAUCUUGGAUGCGGUUCUGGAUUGAUUGGGCUUCUAUCUCUUCGCAAAAAUUCCGUGGUCCAUUUUCAAGAUUACAACGAGGAAGUGCUAAGAUCCGUGACCAUUCCGAACGUGCUAUUGAAUUUUGACGAUCGUACGAUUGUACUGACGAAAUGUGAAUUUUAUGCCGGGGAUUGGGCUUCUCUCGCGACGUUACUCGACGAAAAUAAGAAGUACGAUUAUAUCUUUACGAGCGAAACGAUAUACAAUUCGGACAAUCAUAAAAAAUUGUACGAGAUUUUUAAGACAAAGUUAAAAGACGACGGCGCUGUAUUUGUCGCUGGGAAAACCUACUAUUUUGGCGUGGGUGGUGGAAUGAGACAGUUUGAGAAUCUCAUCUUGAAGGACGGAUGCUUCGACGUCAAAUCGGUGUGGAGAAGUCAAGAUGGCGUAAACAGAGAAAUCCUGAAGCUCACGAGAAAACCCCACGAAAAAUAUCACAUGUCUGGUGAAUAAUAUUAUUGUCUUCGUAAAAAUAUGA